AACGAUGUUCUCACAGGUAUCUUCGGGAUCAGGCACCUGCAGGUGCUGCUGCUCUUCCUGGGCAUGACCAUCGGAUAUAGUCUUAGGACCGGAAUGUCAGUGGCCAUAGUACCGAUGGCGAACGCGAGCACCGCGAAUCCGGACAUCGAGGAUUACGGUUGGACUAAGCAGCAAAAGGAUUUGGUGCUCAGCUCGUUUUUCUGGGGCUACGUGGUGACGCAGGUGCCGAGCGGCUACAUCGCCAAUGUCUGGAGCAGCCAGAAGCUUCUUGCCAUCGGGAUGCUAGUCUGCGGGGUUUUGAAAGUCUUAACGCCGAUUGCCGCUCAUUAUGGAGGUCUGGAAGCCGUCCUAGUUUGCAGGGUAGGCAUGGGUCUCACUCAGGCUUGCCUAUUACCUUGCAUCCAAACCCUUCUCUCUAAGUGGGCUCCGCCUGCUGAAAGAGCACGACUGGGAACAUUCGCUUAUGCGGGUGGCCAAUUCGGCACGGUGAUCACAAUGCCAAUCGCUGGAGUUCUCGCUGCAUCGAGCGUUGGUUGGCCGAGUAUCUUUUACAUAUUCGGUGCAUUAGCGAUUAUCUGGAGCGUAGUAUUCUUUUAUUUUGGAGCAGACGCGCCAUCCAAUCAUCGCAGUAUUUCCCAGGAGGAGAGGAUGUACAUAGAAGAAAGUUUAAGGACAACUGAAGCGAAAAGCGAUGACGAAGUCAAACAGAAGCUGAAAACACCGUGGAAAGAGAUCUUUACUUCGAUACCUAUGUGGGCUCUCAUAAUAGUCCACUCCGGACAAAAUUGGGGGUACUGGACUCUAUUGACGGAAAUACCAAGUUACAUGACAGGCGUGUUAAAUUUCAGAGUCGAAGCUAGUGGUGUAAUUUCCGCCUUGCCAUAUUUAGUUAUGUGGAUCCUCAGUUUCCCAAUGAGCUGGUUAUCCGACCUCGCGUUGAAGAAAGGUGCGUCUAGGGGUACGGUCAGAAAGAUCUGCAACACGAUAGCCCAUUGGGGUCCGGCUAUCGCCCUGGCAUGUAUGAGUGCCGUACCUACCGAUGGUUAUGUAUGGGCCAUUGUCAUCCUCGUUCUGGCAGUAAGUCUGAACGCUGGAUCUUUAUGCGGCUUCCAAAUCAAUCAUAUUGAUCUCAGUCCAAACUUUGCCGGGACUAUGAUGUCCAUCACCAAUUGCAUUGCCACUGUUACCUCUAUUAUCGCACCGUUGAUAUGUGGCGUUAUCGUCACCGACGAGAGUAGCGUGUAUCAGUGGAACAUCGUGUUCUACGUCUCAGCGGCGAUUUACUUCUUGGGUAACUUGGUGUUCGUGAUAUUCGGCAAGGGCGAGAUACAAUGGUGGAAUGAGCCAGAGACUCGACGGCAGAGACAGAGAGGGAAAGAAGAGGACGAGACGCAGACUUGAAAUUUAAUGAAAUUAAUUCUGACACGCUCUUGUGGAAUUUUUAUAACUUGCCACUAAACUAAGUCUCAUGGCAAGUCAAAGUGUGUGAGUGUGUGACCAGUUUGUAAGUCCAAAGUUAGGACUGGAGCUAAUUUAUAUAACUCUUUAAAGCAUUUUUUGUUUACACACGAAUUCCUUGAAACUUAGUAUACAGUGGGUUGCUGAUUA